UCGGUAAAUCGAUAGAAGGUGACACUGCAUUUUUCUGUCACUUUUCGUACAUUUAAUAAGUGAGUGAAGUGUUACAAACUUUCGUAAUUAACUUGUUCAAUAAGAGCUACGCAGCUGCUACAAUGGUCGAUCCAAGUGUCCACCGCUAUAACCUGAAUCCAAAUGAGGACGAUGAAAGUUCUAGUGGCUCCGAUAUUGGUUAUGACAGAGAGUCCUCCAGCGAGUUUGAAAGAGCUGCACGUCGCGGUACGGCACACCGAAGUCGUUCGCGCACUCGCCGUUCAUCGGCUAAUACCGUAAACAAGAAUGACUUACAAAAGCAACACGCUCCGAUUCCGCACAUACAGGAGGAACCUUCCAGUACUUCCAAUUCCGGUUCUAGCAGCCAGUCAUCGAGCUCCGAGGAUUCCGAUACAAGCACUGGAACUUCGUCCUCAGAUGAUGAAUCGCCGAAGCCAAUUUCCAAGGAAGUGUCCAAUUUUAUUACUAGUACUGGAACUUUGAUCUCAGAAACUAAACCGUACCAGUCAACGCCAAAACCAAUCUCAAAGGAAAAGUCAAAUUCCAAUAUAAACGCUGACAACUCCGACGCAAGCACUGGAACUUCGUCCUCAGAAAAUGAUUCACCGAACCCAACUUUCAAGAGAAAGCACAAUUCGGAUGCAAACACUGGAAUCUCGAGCUCAGAGGAUGAUCCGAUGCAAGCAUCGCCCAAGUCAACUUUAAAGGGAAACUCAAAUUUCGAUCCUAACACUGGAGCUUUGUUCUCAGUGGAUAAACCGAUGCCUUCAUCGUCCAAGCCAAUUACCAAGAGAACGUCAAUCUUUGAUAUAAACACUGAAACCUCAAGUUUAGAUGAUGAAUCGAUGAAAGCAUUCCCGAAACCAAUAUCCAAGAAAACAAAACUGGAGAAAGUCUCUUCCGCCUCCAAUUCUGACGAUGAAAAUGAACGUUUAGUUUCAAAACUGUCGGGUAUCCGAUUCGAUAAUGAUGGAGAAAAAUCUCUUUUCGAGAAGAUUUCCGAAACUCUUGAGGAUCAACAAAGGAAAGAAUUGGGAGACAAGUUGACGGUGAAGUUCAAGGUAACCAUACCUGAAGUUGGAGCUGGACUGCUCGGGGAUUCCUUGCAACUUCUAAGAGUGCCUCAGUUCAUACCCGUGGAAACUGGUGCCUUUGAUGCUGAGACCUUUAAGGACAGCAUGACAUCGGAUGAUCUAAAGAGCGAGCAAGCCCGUGGGGAUUUCCUGAAUCGCCUGAAGACAACAGUGCGUUGGCGAGAGAACAAAGAUAAGAUCAAGGAAUCAAAUGCUCGGGUUGUGCGCUGGUCCGAUGGCUCCGAGACCUUUCAUGUGGGCGCCGAGGUCUUCGAUGUGAUGCACCAUAAGGUGAUUGAUGACAAAAACCACUUGUAUGUCCGCCUGGAGAACUGCUAUCAAGCCCAGGGAUCCAUUAAAGAUAAGAUGACACUGCGUCCCAAGCUGGACUCCACCUUUGGUCAGAGCCAUGUCCAGGGCCUGCGAAAUCGAGCCAUGAAUAAGCCACAGACGGGCGUUGUGAAGGUACUUUCGGAUUUGGUCGCCAAUCCAUUAACAGAUCGAGAUCGCCGGGCCAAGGAGGAGAUAGCCAAUCUACGCAGGGAGGAGCGUGAAAAGCGUCGUGAAAUACAGAUGAGCAUGAGAAAACCGCGUGUAAAGCCCAUGCGUCAUUGCACGGCAGAUGAUUCGGAUCCGGAGCAGGCAACCGGGGAACAAGACCAUCUGGAGAGUGCCUCGUCAACCGGGCGUAGUUACACUCAAGGCAUACGCACCAACCGUAAUUUGGAUUUAAAUCACAUGAGAUCGGUGUCAAGUGACGAGGACGAAGAAGAUGACUAUGACAGCGAUGUGAAUGAUAUAAUAAACGAUGACGAUCUCGAUGGUGACGAUGAGGAAAUGUCCGACGAGCCGCGUACCAGCACCUCCAAGUCCAAGAAGGCACCAUGGAGCCGCCGCAGCCCAAAGUCGGACUCCGACGAGGAUCCCAUGACGCGCGUCGUUAAGCACAAGACCAAGCGGCUGAUUUACUCCGAUUCGGACUCGGACUAAGUGCCGACUCCCGAUGGGACGAAGAAUUCUAAUAAACAUAAUGCAUUAGC